AUGUCUGUAACGAUAUGUAGAAAUGUGUUUUCCGGACUGACUGCGACAAGUGUGUUUGCGACGCUUGCAGCAAUCAAUUUGAUCAGUUGGUAUGUGGUUGAAGUAAGCGACGAUGUAUUGUUUCGUGUUGGAUUAUUCAAAACUUGUUAUGGAAGGCAGUGUGUUGACGUGAGUUUCUAUUCUACCCUACCGUACCCUACCCUAUCCUACCCUACCGUACCCUACCUCAUCUUACCCUACCUUACCUUAACCUUCUCUACCCAACAACAUCUUGUACUUAGGGUAAAGUAGUACUACUGUUUGUAACUUUUAAUGCCAUUUUUAGAAUGACGAUAACAUUUUCACGACAACCACAGUGAUUGCCUUUAUGUCAGUGUUUACUCAAAUGUUCGCUUCGGUUUGGGUCAUCUGCCAUUUGUUUGUGGGUCGUUUUGCCAGCUUUUUCAGUCCAGCACCAGCUUGUACUUGUGUCGCCGCCGUGCUGAAUGGUGCUGCUCUAGGCUAUUGGGUUUCUCAGAGCAAAGAUUGUAGGUUUAGUUUGAAAAAAAAAUUUAAUUUAUUUUAAAAUUUUUUUUGAAAAAUGUAUUUUUAUUUUAUGGUUUAGUAAUAAAAAAAAUUUUUUUUUAAACUUAAAAUUAAAAAAAAUUUUUUUUAAUUUUGAUUUCAGUGUUCGUUAAAGUCUCUGAUGACGCUUACCUCAACUUAUAUACAUACAGCAUUCAUUUGAUGAUAGGAUCCACCAUUUUACUGUUUUUGAGUGUCAUUUUUGGUGUCGUCACUCAACUUCUUAUCAUCAGGAACAAGCAUCGCUGAUUUUUGUGAUUUUGGAAAUAAAAAACUUACUGAUCUUCAUAUUUAUUGUUUUAUGUCAAAUAUUAGAUUGUUCAAAAAAUUUUGUACCUUAGAACCUCAACGUUUUGCUUUGAGAAAAGGCGCAGAAUUAUUUGAACAACUUAGUAGUUUGAGGUGGUCGAGAAAGGUAAUGGAGAAUCUGAAUCUGUCAGACAAAAGACCAGUUGGCAGGCCAAGAAUAAGAUGGUAUGAUGAGGACAGGAAGACGAUGAAACGAAUUGGGCAGAAACAGCUGAUUCAUGAGUAG